CAGCGGAGGGCUGCGCGCUCCCCCGAGGGCGGCGGCCCUGCCGUAGCCCAGGCGGCCGGAGGAAGAGGAGGAAGGGCGUGGGCUCCGGCGGGCUCGCUCCGGUAUGGCCCUGGCGGACAGCGCCCGCGGGCUGCCCAACGGCGGCGGCGUGUCGCCCGCGGCGGGGAGCGGGGCGCCGGGCAGCGGGGCGGCCGCGGCGGCGACGGGCGGCUGGGCUUCCUUCCCGGAGAUCGUGGAGCUGAACGUGGGCGGGCAGGUGUACGUGACGCGGCGCUGCACCGUGGUCUCGGUGCGCGACUCGCUGCUCUGGCGCAUGUUCUCGCAGCAGCAGCCCAGCGAGCUGCCCCGGGACAGCAAGGGUCGCUUCUUCCUCGACCGCGACGGCUUCCUCUUCCGCUACAUCCUGGACUACCUGCGGGACCUGCAGCUUGUGCUGCCCGAGCACUUCCCCGAGCGCAGCCGCCUCCAGCGGGAGGCUGAGUACUUCCAGCUGCCCGACCUGGCUCGGCGCCUGGCGCAGACUCGGGCGGUCGCCGCCCGCCCCGCCGUCCUGCACCGCGACGGCUCCAUCUGCGCCGAGGAGCCGCCGCCGCCGCUGCUCGGGUACCUGGAGGCCGAGCCGCUGGAAGGCGGCGGCGGGGCCGUGGCGUCCGCCCCAUCGCCUACGGCCAGCCGCAGCCCCUCGGGCGGGCCGCUGCUCACGCCCUCGCAGUCGCUGGACGGGGCGGGCGGGCGGCGCUCGGGCUACAUCACCAUCGGCUACCGGGGCUCCUACACCAUCGGGCGGGAGGCGCAGGCCGAUGCCAAAUUCCGGCGGGUGGCCCGCAUCACCGUCUGCGGCAAGACGGCCCUGGCCAAAGAGGUCUUCGGGGAGACCUUGAACGAGAGCCGCGACCCCGACCGCCCUCCCGAGCGCUACACCGCCCGCUACUACCUCAAGUUCAACUUCCUCGAGCAAGCCUUCGACCGGCUCUCCGAGGCCGGCUUCCGCAUGGCCGCCUGCUCCUCCACCGGCACCUGCGCCUUCGCUCCCGAGCAGGGCGGCCCCGCCGAUGACAAGAUCUGGACCAGCUACACCGAGUACGUUUUCUGCCGGGACUGAGCGUCCGGGGACGAGACAGCCGGCCCUGCACACCCUCGCACCUACGGUCCCCUCGCGUCCCGAAGGAAGGAGGAUGUGAAGCGGGGCUGUGUCUCCCUGUGCUUGUCUCACCCCGGUUUCUGCCUCCACGCACAAGCCCCGGCGCAGCCCCCAGCCCUCUUGCAGCACCUCCUGACGGCCCCGGGGCAGGAGGUCACCGUGUUGUGCCUCGGCUGUCGUGUCCCUGCUUGGCCAUGUCCUGGCUCCCACCUUCACCCUCCCUCCUGCAUCUCCCAGUAGCUGUGUUGGUAGCAAGGGAGGAGAGAAAUAUUGGGAGUAGCCAAAUGCCACAAAAGCAUGCAUGUGCACCCAGUCUUUGUCCCUCUCCCCACACAGAGCUGAGGUAUAGCUCUGGCAGGGUGGGGUGUUUUAAAAAUCAUCCAGGCAGGGGCUGAGAAGAUUUGAAGUUGCUUUGAGCAACUUCUGUUGAAGGUGGCAUGACAAAUGCCUGUCUUUUCCCAUCCCAAUACCCUUGUGAGAGAGCUUGCCUUGGUGGGCAGACCCCAAAUUGUCCAUUUUUAACUCCUCCCUUCCCCACCCAUCAAAGCGAUGCCUGUCUGUGAGGGACUGUCACAUAGAAAGGAAGCCUGACUGUGAGGGGUUUGCACUGGCUCAUACUUUAUCUGUUGAGAUGAGUAAUUUUGCAGGAGGCGUGCAUGUGGCCCUUCACAAGUGGUUGCUCCCAUCUCCCCUCUUUGCUCCCCAUGUCUCUGAUCUCCUCUCUGUUAAGCUGGACCAGGUCCUGCACAGCGAGCACGUAAGGCUGAUGUGGAACGACAGAUUUGCUGGAUAACCAACCAUUUGAACUAUGAAGUGUCCCCAGAGACAUGUGUUUAUUCCCUCGAGAGGUAAAACAAAGACACUUUGAAAAAUUAAAGUGCUUGUGAAUUGUAACUUCCAUGGGUGGUCUGAAGUCCUUAUAAUUCUCUUGAAGUUACUGUCUCUAAUAUGGACAGAAAUCUCCAUGUGUAUUUCCUUAAACACCCUCAAAAUGAUGGGAGUGAGGUGAAGCCAGGCUUGCCUGAGUAAAGGAAGGGCCUGGGUCCUGGGAAGCUGAAAUCAUGUACAUUGAAUUAGUGCAAGAUGUACAUUAUAACUGUCAUCAAGAGCACCCUUGUUACUUUUUGUCGUGUUCCUGCGGUAAAACUCUGAAGCCAGCAGAUGACAAAAAUCACAGUUUUAAAGAGCCAUUUCCUUAGUUUUCAUAGCAGUAUUUUCUGGGCACUGACACUGUACCUCUUCCUCGACAAACUUAGUGCUUCUUAGAAAGGCUUGAGCCCUCUCCUUAGAAAAACAAGGAUGAUGCCAACUUUCUUCAGGGGAAAUUACUUCUGAGCUGUAUUUUGUUACUGCUGAGUAACAGUCUUUCCCAGAGGAGGCAGUCAGAGUCUGCAUUGGAACAGAUGAUCUGAACCGCAGGUUCUACAGAGAUUCAGCAGUUCUUCUAAUAAAUUUUUUGAAGUCUGGAGUAUAAAAGCACUUCCCUUUAAAAACCUAAACUUGAUUUAAGAAUGUGUAUAGGCUGUUCAGACAGAAAAAUAUCCUAAAUAUACCUGAAGUGUUGAAGAAUUUAGCAGUACAUAUUAAAGGCUUGAAGUUAUGUUUUUAAAACUCUUGAACAAUAAUGCUAGUUCUAGGUCUAACUCCAAAUUUAGAAAUACUGCUAGCACCUGUAUUCUAACCAAAGAAUUUCACAGUAGGGCUUUUUUAAAAAAACCCAAAUUCCUUUGGAAACAGCUAUAAGCUACAUUUCUAUCGAGUUUCAGUGCUCAGUCUCUGUUCACUUGGUCUUUCAUUAAGUGCAUGCACAGCUACAUAAAACUGAAAAUAAUUUGCAUCACCAUGGCUUAUUUUUUCUGAUAUUAGCAAGGUUGUAUAUCAACAUGAUUGAAGAUGUGCAUAUGAAAGCACUGGAUACUGUCCAUUUGUAGAUAGUUGUAUUAUGGAGUAUUUUUAAAAGGAUGGAAAUGUAAACCUGCCAAACUAGAUGAGCAAUAAGAUACAGUGAGAGGCCAAUACACCUGAGGAUGGAAUGAAGUCUGUUUGUCCUAUGCCUUACUCUGAGAUGACUUCUUUGUGGUGAACUUUCACCACAAGUGAAAAGACAUUGGUCACCACAGCUACUAGGUCUUUACAGUGCCCUUCUCAAGAGUAAUGACCGUCUUUUUCUAGUUUCUGUUAAGUAACUCUGAAGUAUGUUUUUUAAGAUUUUGUAUAAAAUCAGUUUUCAGUAAAGUGUUCAAAUUUGCUCUAGAUAGCUUUCUUUUUUUAAGAAUCUGCUAGCUUACUAAAUCCAUCAUAGGAGCUAUGUAUAGGGGCAGUUUUAAAUUGACCUUGUGAUUUAGUGUACAUAUAUAUACAGUAUAUAAACAUUUUACACUAAUCAUUUAGUUUUUUUAACAAUUUUACUGCUACAGGAUUUCAUAAUGUAUCUAGCUGAGCAUUUUCACAUUAUGUUAUGUACAUAACAUGGUAAUGUUUUACUGGUUUCUCAUACCUGUUUCAAUGGAAAAAACUGAAUAUGAGUAUCAUCACCUUGUAGAACUGAAAUUGAUGACAUAUUUGCUUGAAUGUGAAUCUUCUAGGUGGCUGAAUGCAUCUCUAACAAAGAUUGCCUGUCUUUUGAUUAAUUGUCGCCUAUCCCUUUCCUGGCAGACGACCCAGUAAUUCUCACUUUUACAUAAAAAUGGAUGUAAUAUGAACAGGAUUUUUUUCUAGUCUUUGUGCUAAAAAAAUUUAAGUGUUAUUAGUGUUAAGAAAUGGGCCUUUAAUUUACUGAUAACUCAUUAUCAGUAUCGUCAGCAGGCUUAAAAUGAUGGUGCCAUAAAUAUAACAGUCACUUGAUGCUUUGCCACAGAAGAUGACACUUUUCUGAACCAUUACUUAGUAACGGCAGUAAACCUUUUAAAAGGAAAAAUGCUCAAGGCAAAUUCAAUGAGUUUUACUUGUCUGUUCUAUUGAGAGCUUGAAGAAUGGAUAAACACAACGACUCUGCUGACUUGUUGACAUGAAAACAUACAAAAAUAUAAAGGCACAAUACUGGAGUCCUGUCUACGUUUUGUAGCUGUUGCUGUUCGCAGUUCAUGUACUUAUGGAUGAAUGCAGUAGCAUUUACAAGUGCUAUUAAAAAAUCCACAAGGGCAGUCUUUCUUUUAAUUAGAAGUUAAGGCAUAGGUCUUUUCAGUGAUGCAUAUCAUGAAGGGUGAUUUUGCAUAUGUUUGAUAGGAUGUUUAUAUUUUUAUACAUGUAGAUAAUGAGCCACUUAUUCAUUCUUAUUUUCACAUGUAUAGCAUUGAAAAUAAAGAUCCUCCUAGGACAAAGUUGCAUACCAAAUUAAAUUUUUGUUCUUUAAAUAUUAACUCCGUUGUGUGGUUUAUGAUGUUCUUUUUAUUCUCUGUGCAGAUAUUGUUAGCUUUGUUCUCCCACAGUAUCAUAUUCAUAACUUCAGCAAAGACUCCAAACUAAAAAAGCAGAAAAACAAAGAAAAUUAUGUAUACAGAGACCUCUAGUAACACCCAUGGCAAGAUAAACAGAAAUGCAUAGUACUCAGACUGCAUCAUUUCCUUUUAAGCAUCACAGAGAAUUUUUACAGUACUGGUCAGCCAAUCCUCAGGAAGAAAUAGUGAUUGAACAGCUUAAUUUGGAUAGCACUGAGGAAUUGUUGAAGUCAAAUGUUGAUGUUUUUUAUGAAGCUAGAGAAUAAUAACAUGCGAUACAGUGCUCAUUUAAUGAAAGAAACAAUAAUACCUAAGGUAAUACAUGAUCUGAGAGAAUUGCAUCUAGAAUUUUUAAUUAGCUACCCUGUGGUAUCUAGCAAACUCUUCUAAACUUGUGGUCAGCUUCAUAGAAAAUUAGUAGUGACUUGUUAGUAUAAUCCACAUGUGAAGUGCCUGUACAUUUAAUAGUUCUUUCUUGGGUAUCAUGGUUAUACUACAAAGGAACAGCUGAAGGAAGUUUAAUCAACUGUUUAAUUUGACAGCUUGAUAGUAUUUGAGUGCUUUGUUAUCAUGCGAUAAUGUAAGAAAGGAGGUCAUUCUAUGAGCAACAAAACUUUGCGUCUGAAGGCAUCAUUUUCUUUGUCCUACUCCUGCUCAUCCCUGCCAAUUUUGUUCAAUUUCUACUUGAAAAAGGAGGCACAUUCCUUGACAGAGCCACCUUCUGCUAGGCUGAAGGUUAUGGCUGAAUUUUGGCUUUGUCUCCCCUGUGAACUACAGAUUUUCUCUUUCCUUUCCCUUACCCCACCAUCAGUAUUCAUAGAAUUUGUAAGAAUGUAACAGCUGUGAGGUUUUUCAGUUCUUUUGAUUGUGUUUAAAUUGCCCAUCACCUCAGAAGUUAAGCGGGACAGAUAUCCACCCAAAUGGACAAUGCAAAUACCAUGAACCUUAUUUCAGAAGGAAACAAGGCUGACAGAAUAGUGUGGUUUAUACCUGCCACUGUGUAUAUAGUCUGAGUGUACUAAAUGCCUAAAUCCCUAUAGAGUGUGAAGGUGGGCGGUCACUCUUACUUUUGCAGCUCUGGCCAGUCAGUCAAACUAAUGGGUAUGCUAGAAUGUGUUAAAAAUACUUACAGACUCCUAAUUUCUGCGGCAUUUCCAAGGCUGAAUCAAAUGUGAGCAGGAAAACAUUUUCUGAAGAUUUUAUUUGCCUCAGGGCAGGGUUGUUUUUUGUUCUUUUUUUUUUGUAAGAACCCUUCAGUAUAGUUUUCAAUGAAAUAUUCGUGCUAAUGUGUUAUUUAUUUAGAAAGUACUUAGCUUUAUGAAACCGAAUGCUAAUUUUGUUUUUCAUUAAAAUGAGCGGCAUGUGUUUUUCCCCUGCUGCUAAACAAAACUCCUGUGUAUGUCUGCUGAAGUAGUAAUGCCACCAUUGCAAAUAGUCUGUUGGAAAUACGCAGCACAACUGCUGUGACAGUCAAAACCAUAGCUGGUCAAAUUAUCACAUUUCUUCACAUUUUACUCUCCACUGUGCUCAAACUGGAAUAAAAUUAAGCUCUGUUA